GCAAUGCUAGUCUGAGAAAUAAGAACGCGCUUGGCUUUCUCUAAAGGAGGGCUGCCCGCGUCCUUCCUCGGGGGUGUCCCAAAUCCCCAGCUAAGCUCGGCGGGACAGAGGAAAGGAGGAGCCGGCAAGGCGCGGAAUGGCUGGGGGGACGCUGCAGGCGGAGCUGCGAGGGGCGGGGCAGGCAGCUGCACGCCGAGCAGUCAGACCUGCAGGGGCUAGAAGGAGACGCUGGUCUGGUUGAGCCGAGCUGCUCGCGAGAAGAAAGAAAAGUUAGUUGCUUUGAAGUAAAGAAUGGGGUUGGCUAACAGCAUGGAUGGAGAUGAAGAUCAAAAGAUGAAGCUUGAAGCAGGCCAAGAAAACUGCAACAGUUUGAUUAUGGAUUUACAAGUUACUGGUACACCUGAAGCAGCUGCUUUCCCCCAUUUACAUCAAAGAAUCUAUAUAGAUGAGUUUGAAUCUCCUCCCAACGAGUACUGCAAACAUGACCUUUUCCCUGAAUGGCAUUUGCCAAUGAAGACAGGACUGAUAUUAUCUUUGUUGACCUUUACCUACACUUUUCUGAGGGACGUCAUCCAUCCUCUUGUAACUGCUCAAGAAAAUGUCUUUUAUAAAAUUCCAGUCCUCGUUAUAAACAAAGUCUUACCUGUUGUUUCAAUCACCCUUUUGGCUUUAGUUUAUUUGCCUGGAGUAUUGGCUGCGGGUUUUCAGCUCCAUUAUGGAACCAAAUACAGACGCUUUCCACAGUGGUUGGAUAGGUGGAUGUUAUCAAGAAAACAGUUUGGGCUUCUUGGCUUUUUUUUUGCCUCAAUGCAUGCGUGCUACAGUUUGUGCUAUCCAAUGAGGAGAUCUUACCGAUAUAAGCUUUUGAACUGGGCAUAUCAACAGGUAAAGCAAAAAAAGGAAAAUGCCUGGAUUGAGCACGAUGUUUGGAGAAUGGAGAUUUAUGUGUCUCUAGGAAUUCUGGGACUUGCUGUCCUGGCUAUAUUGGCAGUUACAUCAAUUCCCUCGGUCAGUCAGUCACUGACAUGGAGAGAGUUUCAUUAUAUUCAGAGCAAGAUGGGACACUUAGCUCUCCUGCUGUGCACCAUUCAUGCACUAGUAUUUGCAUGGAACAAGUGGAUCGAUGUGGGCCAAUUUUUAUGGUAUACUCCUCCUACUUUUAUGAUAGCCAUUCUUCUUCCAAUAGUGGUUUUGGCUUGCAAAAGUAUCCUCCUUCUUCCAUGCCUUAGGAGGAGGCUACAGAAGAUCAGAGCUGGCUGGGAUGCUAACACUGUGUCAAGCAAGGAACUGACAACUUCCAGAUGAAUAGUGUUUUAUUCUGCUGCCAACUUUUUCAGACCCUAAAUAUGUAAAGAUCAUACCUGGGGCUGUUUCUUCUUCAUCACCCUAUAUAUAAAUUAUAGUGAGUUUAUUCCAUUAGGCAGGAGUUUACGUCCAUGACUGUAUGCUUAACAUCAUGCUAAAGUCAGUAUCUUUCCUCUCCUAAUUAAGUAAUUUUCUUCUUCAGUUCAACUGUUGUUUUAAGACAUUCACCCACAUUAAUAGCUGACCUGAGCAAAAAUAGAGUGGAACAGACACAACUUGUUAAAUCUCCUGUAUAUUCAGUGUGUGACUUUCUUAUCAAAAUUCUAAACAUUUUGAUUCCAAGUUCCAAGAAAACUGUGAUAAUAAGCAUAUUAUUCAACAACCUUAUGUACAUAAGAUCUAAAAAUGUGUGAUCCAAAUUAACAGGUGUCUACCAUGAUUUAAGACAUAGUUUGAGAGUUCUUCUUCCUGGAUCAGCUUGGCCAUUUAUUUUAAUGGUAAGCAUACCAGCGUUUUAUAUGCCAGGAUCAUCUCUCUCUCUCUCUGAAUUUAGUGGGAAUUCUGUGCAUGCAAGAGAUCUCUGUUCUGAUCUGAGCCACACAUGAGGAUGUUUCAACAGCACAGAAGUUAACAGACACCUUCCUGAUGCUGAAACAAAAUGCCUUGCUGGAUGAGACAGAGUCCAUGUAAUCUAACAUUGUUUUCAAUAGUAAUCUGCUGUAUCUCUCUGGGCAAUGACAAGCAGAACUCGAAAGUGAUAGACACCUUCCAUUUGGCCCCAGAAAUUGGUAUUCAGAAUAUACUGCCUCAGAACAUGGAGAUAACAUUUAGCUAACAUGGCUGAAAGAGAGCCACCCCCCCUUCCCGAACAAAGGUCUGUAGGUUGGUAGAGUGUUAUGUGCUAGUGAAUUUUGUGACAUAUUUCCUUUGCCAUUCCUGAACCUACUGGCUAUCAACACUGUGAAAUUGUACAGGAUAACUAGGGGAGACCUGAGCAAUCCUGUCAGCAUAUUCCUGUUAGUCCAACAAAUAUCAAAUAUUGUGGAAAAGCUCUGAGCAGCCAAUUUUAUUUCAGUUUUCAGUUAUGUUUUGAGGCUACAGGACUGAGUAACCAAAUUUAUGUUUGGGUUUGGGGAAAUAUCUUCAGUUUUCUUUUUAAAAACUGAUUCAGUUUUAUACUUCAUAAAAGUAUGUUUAUAAAGAAUUGAAAUUAUGCAUUUACUUCUGUAAAUAAGACCUGAAAUACAGUUUUGUACUUGUUAAAGCACUUGCUAACACGUACUGUAUUUAAAAUAAAACACUUUUGCAUUUUUCAA